UUGCUGUCUCACUCAUGCUUCCUGGCUUUACUCACAUGCACACAGAGAAAAGAGCUGUAGAGUCUUAGCCGCACAUGAAGCAGCUCUGUCUAUUUUAAACCACACCAGAUUGGAUUCAGGAUAUUUUUAUAUUUCUUGCGGCGUGUGACAGAUUGAAUGUACGAGGUAGAGCCAGGGCAGAGUUUGAUUUCCUUUUUUUUACCUUUUUAUUUGAGAUUUUUCUCUAUCUGACUGUAGGUGCAAGUGUGUGUGUGUGUGUGUGUGUGUGUGUGUGUGUGUGUGUGUGAGAGAGGACCAGGAUGAUUGCGGCCCAGCUACUUGCCUAUUACUUCACUGAACUCAAGGAUGACCAGGUUAAAAAGAUCGAUAAGUACUUGUACUCCAUGCGUUUCUCUGAUGAGACGUUACUGGACAUCAUGCAGCAGUUUCGCAGAGAGCUGGUCAAAGGACUGGGACGGGAUACCAACCCCACUGCUGCGCUGAAGAUGCUGCCAACAUUUGUGCGGUCAAUCCCUGAUGGCUCAGAGAAGGGAGACUUCAUUGCGUUGGAUUUGGGAGGCAGUAACUUCAGGAUCCUCCGCGUCAAAGUGAGCCAUGAGAAGAAACAGACCGUUCAGAUGGAGAGUAAAAUCUAUGACACACCAGAGGACAUCAUUAACGGCAGUGGAACAAGACUGUUCGACCAUGUGGCAGAGUGUCUUGGGGACUUCAUGGAAAAACAGAACAUCAAAGACAAGAAACUACCAGUUGGUUUUACCUUCUCCUUCCCCUGCCAGCAGACCAAACUAGAUGAGGGCUAUCUGCUAACAUGGACAAAGCGUUUCAAGGCCAGUGGAGUGGAAGGCAUGGACGUUGUCAAGCUGCUCAACAAAGCUAUUAAGAAACGAGGAGACUAUGAUGCUGACAUCAUGGCGGUAGUGAAUGAUACUGUGGGAACGAUGAUGACCUGCGGUUUCGAUGACCAGCGCUGUGAAGUCGGCAUUAUCAUUGGUACAGGUACCAAUGCGUGCUACAUGGAGGAACUGCGUAACAUUGAUCUGGUGGAGGGAGACGAGGGCAGGAUGUGUGUCAACACUGAGUGGGGAGCCUUCGGAGACGACGGCAGGCUGGAAGACAUCAGGACAGAGUUUGACAGAGAGAUAGACCGAGGCUCUAUCAACCCUGGCAAGCAGCUAUUUGAGAAGAUGGUCAGUGGAAUGUACAUGGGGGAGCUGGUUCGUCUCAUCCUGGUGAAGAUGGCCAGAGAGGGCCUGCUGUUCGAGGGAAGGAUCACCCCUGAGCUUCUCACAAAGGGAAAGAUUGAGACCAAACACAUCUCAGCUAUAGAGAAGAGUAAGGAGGGGUUAUCCAAGACCAGAGAGAUUUUAACCAGACUUGGUGUGGAGCCGUCCACUGACGACUGCGUUGCUGUGCAGCAUGUUUGUACCAUUGUGUCUUUCCGCUCUGCCAACCUAAUAGCUGCCGCACUGGCAGGCAUCCUCCUGAGGCUUAAGGAGAACAAAGGCGUGGCACGACUCCGAACCACUGUAGGCAUCGAUGGAUCUCUAUACAAGAUGCACCCACAAUAUGCCCGCCGUCUUCAUAAGACAGUCCGUCGUUUGGUGCCGGACACUGAUGUUAGGUUCCUCCUCUCAGAGAGUGGCAGUGCAAAAGGAGCAGCCAUGGUGACAGCCGUGGCCUAUCGACUCGCCGAACACUCACGACAAAUUGCCCAAACACUGUCCGAAUUCCGCCUGACCACCGAACAGCUGCUGGAGGUAAAGAAGCGAAUGAGGAUAGAGAUUGAAAAUGGCCUUUCAAAGAGCACCCAGGACACUGCUACGGUGAAAAUGCUGCCAACCUUUGUACAAAGCACUCCUGAUGGCUCAGAGCAUGGUGACUUCCUGGCUUUGGAUUUAGGUGGAACCAACUUCAGAGUUCUGUUGGUCAAGAUUCGUUCUGGCAAGAGGAGAACAGUGGAGAUGCAUAACAAGAUCUAUGCUAUUCCUCUCGAAGUGAUGCAGGGCACGGGAGAGGAGUUGUUUGAUCACAUCGUGCAGUGUAUCAGUGACUUCCUGGACUACAUGGGGAUGAAGAACACUCGUCUUCCCCUGGGCUUCACCUUCUCGUUCCCCUGCCGACAGACCAGCCUGGACGCUGGCAUCCUUGUGACAUGGACCAAGGGCUUCAAGGCGACAGACUGUGAAGGAGAGGAUGUGGUGGGACUGUUGAGGGAUGCCAUUAAGAGGAGAGAGGAAUUUGACCUGGAUGUAGUGGCCGUAGUGAACGAUACAGUGGGAACCAUGAUGACCUGUGCCUAUGAAGAACCCACCUGUGAGAUUGGACUCAUCGCCGGCACUGGAAGCAAUGCAUGUUACAUGGAGGAGAUGAGGAACGUUGAGAUGAUAGAGGGAGACGAGGGACGGAUGUGUGUCAACAUGGAGUGGGGGGCUUUCGGAGACAACGGAUGCCUUGAUGACAUUAGGACAGAGUACGACCGCGCUGUGGAUGACUUCUCCCUUAAUCCAGGCAAACAAAGAUAUGAGAAAAUGUGCAGUGGCAUGUAUCUUGGUGAAAUUGUGCGGAACAUUCUGAUCGAUAUGACCAAGAGAGGAUUCCUGUUCAGGGGACAGAUUUCUGAAACACUGAAGACCAGAGGCAUCUUUGAAACGAAGUUCCUCUCACAGAUCGAGAGUGACAGAUUGGCUUUGCUGCAGGUGAGAUCCAUCCUGCAACACUUGGGGCUGGACAGCACCUGUGAUGACAGUAUCAUAGUCAAAGAGGUAUGUGGAGCGGUGUCACAUCGUGCAGCUCAGAUGUGUGGGGCAGGAAUGGCGGCCGUGGUCGAUAAGAUCAGAGAGAACCGAGGACUGGACCAUCUGAACAUUACUGUAGGGGUGGACGGGACUCUCUACAAACUACAUCCACAUUUCUCUGGGAUCAUGCACCAGACAGUAAAUGAACUGGCUCCUAAGUGUAAUGUCAACUUCCUGCUGUCAGAGGACGGCAGUGGGAAAGGAGCAGCACUCAUCACAGCCGUGGGCUGCCGGCUGAGACAGGAGCUGAACAAUAAAUAGAAAAUAUCUCUUCUGUCUUACUGUUAUCACCCCACUCCAUAAGGUUGCCCCUAUCUCCCUCCCACUGUUCUUCCCCCUUGCCUUCUUUCCUCAAUCAAACCAGUCAAGUCAACAUUCUCCUGUAGCUGCUUUAGCCUGUGUACAUGACUGAAAGUGAGAAGGCGAUAGCUGUCUCUGCUGUGUUGAGUAGCAGAUCUUCCGGCACUAUGUUGUAGUUAGAUUAUGUUUGAUUAACCAUUGUAACAACACCCAGACUCUUAAGGGUUUUGCAGUUUUGUGAUUACUGAGAUAAAACGUGCACAUUCAACUCCUGUAAAAAUGUGCAGGGUCCACACGCUCCUGUAAUGCUCCCGUGAGCUGCAUAUCAUCGCCAUCUAGAGGAUUCGUCUGAUAACUGCAGUCUGUUACAAUAUACCAAGUGCAACAGUUGCAAGGCAAUUUCCAUAAGCACUGCAGAAAAACAUUUAUCCUUGCAACAUGUUCAGUAGAUGCAGGGACAUCUUAAACACUGUUUCAGACCAAAGUCACCAAAUUGUGUCCGCUGUAGGCUACUGACUGACAUAAAAGGGAUGUGAAGUGAUAUAUAAAUGUCUAAUGAGAUGAAAGGGAAUAUUUUUGCUUUAAGGUUUUUAAUAUCUUACCCAGAUAUAAUACAAUAUGUUAUUCAUACAUUGUUGCUAUUUAUUUUAUUUUUAUAUUGGGAGAUGUUUAAAAAUGUUACUGUUGCAAUAUAACAAGGCACACAAAGGAAGCCAUCACCAAAGUCCCCUCAGCUGAUAUCAGGGUUUAAACCAAAUCAGUGCUGAGACGUGACAAAAGAGGGACUCAAACAAGCUUUAUCUGCAGGGAAGGCCAUGCCAUAUGCUUGCUGAAUGUGCAGAUUUGGUCUAAUUUAUAGCAAUCCGACUGUACUACAAUGUACUCUACUGUAAAAUAUGUACAAAGAGCACUUGUAUUUUACUAAGUAGAAAUCCUGUUGUUGGUACUAAUAGCAGCUGUUGAUAAGUUGUUAUUGUCUUAAGAAGUGCUGGUUACUCUCAUCAUCACAACGACACUUGCCAGUUACUGAGCAACAGCCUUGAAACAGGAAUGUGGUGCUAACAUGGAUGCCAGUGGAACAAUAAUGGCCAAACUGUGUAUAAGAAUAUUACAGUAGCUGAAACUUGAAGGGGAAUUUAAACAUUUUGAGAAUAAAGCUUAUCCCUACUCACUCACUGUACUCCAUAUGCUCCUAAAGGCCUAGGGGGGUGCUUAAGUGAACUACUGUAUGACUCAUUCAAGUAACACAAUUCAUGCAAAGUCAUAAAUAUUUAUUUUUUUCUUUAAUAAAAUCAAAUAAUCAUAUUAUUGUUGUUAAUAAUUCUCACUGAAAGAAGAUGGAUUUGUUCACUGGCAGUUUUUCAUUUUAGAUGCUGUUUUUGGUUUUUAAUCCUAGACUACAAAAAGACAAAUGUUUUUAAAUUUAGGGUCACUUGGCACUUGUUGUGCAAGGAUGCAUCUUUGAAAUGCUACAGUACAGUUCACUGCCAUCUUUGUUAACCACAAUUAAAAUCCUGACCUGUGGGGACAGAUUAGCACAAACCCAACCUGAAGCUAAACUGCCAAGAUAAAGAGGUCAGCCUCUUCAGUGGGUCCUAAGGUACCCUGACUUUAGACUUUCCCCAGAGUAGUCAGCCUGAAAGCCAGCUCCACAUCACACAGGCACUUUAAUCUCUUUUCCUCUGUUCACAAAACCCAGACUGUAUCUGUCCAACACUGUCAAUCAAUCAGUCAAGAAAUAAAGACUAAUCUGUGUCAA